UUAAAAAACAGAAGAAGAACCUGUCCCGAACUUCCUUUACGAGUUAGCUUCGUUUCUUGAAAAACAAGUGAGUUAAUUUAUAAACGAAACACAAACCUCAGUCUCUGUUAGUCAUCAAAACAGUGAAAGAAAACAAAGAAUGUCGAGCGAAGCAGAGGAAGCGGCACGUCGGCGUACAGCGAUCGCCGAUUACCGCAAGAAGCUACUGAAUCAUAAGGAGCUCGAAUCCCGAGUCCAUGCAGUGAGAGAGAAUUUGCGGGCUGCCAAGAAGGAAUUUGCCAAAACUGAAGAUGAUUUGAAGUCCCUUCAGAGUGUUGGACAGAUCAUUGGCGAAGUUCUCAGGCCUCUCGACAAUGAACGCUUGAUAGUUAAAGCAAGCAGUGGACCUAGGUAUGUGGUUGGUUGUCGUAGUAAAGUGGACAAAGAAAAACUAACAGCUGGAACCCGAGUUGUUCUUGAUAUGACUACUCUCACAAUCAUGCGAGCUCUUCCUCGUGAGGUUGAUCCAGUUGUAUAUAACAUGCUUCAUGAGGAUCCUGGUAAUGUUAGCUACUCUGCUGUGGGAGGGCUCUCAGAUCAGAUUCGAGAAUUAAGAGAAUCUAUAGAACUGCCUCUCAUGAAUCCAGAGCUCUUCUUGAGGGUGGGAAUCAAGCCUCCCAAGGGUGUGCUUCUUUAUGGACCUCCUGGAACAGGAAAGACAUUAUUAGCCAGAGCAAUAGCUAGCAACAUUGAUGCCAACUUUUUGAAGGUUGUGUCGAGUGCCAUAAUUGAUAAAUAUAUUGGUGAAAGUGCUAGAUUGAUUAGAGAGAUGUUUGGGUAUGCACGGGAUCAUCAACCAUGUAUUAUAUUUAUGGAUGAAAUUGAUGCCAUUGGUGGACGCCGUUUCAGUGAGGGAACAAGUGCUGACCGUGAAAUCCAAAGAACACUCAUGGAGUUGCUUAAUCAGCUGGAUGGAUUUGACCAGCUAGGGAAGGUUAAAAUGAUUAUGGCAACUAACAGACCUGAUGUUCUGGACCCUGCACUUCUUCGACCGGGCCGUCUAGACAGGAAGAUAGAAAUUCCAUUGCCAAAUGAGCAGUCAAGAAUGGAAAUCCUCAAAAUCCAUGCUGCUGGAAUUGCCAAACAUGGAGAUAUUGACUAUGAAGCAGUUGUAAAGCUUGCUGAGGGUUUUAAUGGUGCUGAUCUUAGAAAUGUUUGUACUGAAGCUGGGAUGUCUGCAAUCCGUGCAGAACGUGAUUAUGUCAUCCAUGAGGAUUUCAUGAAGGCUGUCAGGAAACUAAAUGAGGCUAAGAAGCUUGAAUCUAGUGCUCACUACAAUGCUGACUUUGGAAAGGAUUGAAACCCGGGCUUGAUUUUUUUUUGGUAACUUCUCAGGCUGCCCAGAAACUGAAUGAAAUGGAGUUCAGAUCUUGUACCAUUUGUUGUUCCUUUCAGGUGAAUUGCUGUAAGGAUAUUUCAGAAAAACAAUUGUUCGAGCAAGGAGAUAUUCCAUUCUAUUAUGGUUUUCAUUCUUGGCUCUUGGCAAGCAACAUUGUUCUUUGGGGUUUCUACUGUCACAUGACAAGUUGACCUUAAUGUUGCUAGUAAGCGAAUUGCUGCGUUUAUUCAAUCAAUUGCUUUCUGUUUUAAUUA